AUUCAGCAGACAGUACCUGGGUCAAUACCCCUGCCACCUCUUGCGCAGCACGGUGGGGAGAAACACACACCUGGGACUGAACUGUGUUUCUGUACAGAGAGCGGCUGCUAAUGGGCUGGUGAUAUACACACGUAGCAAAAUCAAGCAGGUUCAUAAACUGACUGCUACUUUCACUUCCUCAUUGGGUUGGGCUGAAUACACAGAGCAAAAGUCAAGAUCACGCCAUUGCAGCUCAGUCAUUAAUGGAGAUUGUUUCACAAUGACAAACAGCCUAACACCAACACAGGCAAGGAAAUGAUGGCAUCUGCUGGCGGACGUAAAUGAAAGGGAAGAUUCUGAAUAGGAUGAGGUGGUCUUGGAUGGAAAGAGGAAUGAGACCCUUUAACUGCUGGCUGCUACUGCUGCUAUCACUGCUCUCAACUUGGGAAGGUGUUUGCAGUCAAAAUUGCUCAGAUAUUCAAGUCUCGCCUGUUAACACGACAGCUCUGAAAAUUGCCCGGAGCUCCAUAGCUAAAGACUUAAAAGAGAUCAAUAUCACCAUCACCAUUGAUCAAGUUACAAGAUUCAUCAACAGCGGCGAUGAAGAGAUCAUUGGUAAACUUAAACCUGGGACGAACUAUAAUAUUUCCAUCCAUGUUGAAUACACAAAUGGAUCAUUCAACUGUAAUCUAUCAACAGCAACAAAUCCAUCACCAGUCACUGGACUUAAUUCAGUAAAGAGGGCAACAAAUUUGUUAACAAUUGAAUGGAUGAAGCCAAAUGAUACAAGAGCUGUUAACUAUACCUACAGAAUUACAGUCACUAAUGUGAUGGAUAAUGUCAGUUCGAUCAACUACACAAAAGAAGGCCAGACAAAUUUCACAGUGACAGGCCUGAAUCCUGGAGUUGAAUACAGACUAUCAGUGGAGUCAGUAACUCCGGAGCGCACACUGAGCUCUCCUGAGGAGGUGACAAACACCACAAAUCCAUCAUCAGUCACUGGACUGUCUGUGGUAAACAGGACCACAAAUUCAUUGACAAUUCAAUGGACAAAGCCAACUGAUAGAAGAGCCUCUGACUAUACCUACAAAAUUACAGUCACUAAUGUGAUGAAUAAUGACAAGUGGAUCAACAACACAAAAAAAGGCGAGACAAAUUUCACAGUGACAGACCUGCAUCCUGGAGACCAAUACAAACUAUCGGUGGAGUCAGUAACUCCAGAGGGCACACUGAGCUCUCCUGAGAAUGUGACAGACACCACAAAUCCAUCAUCAGUCACUGGACUGUCUGUGGUAAACAGGACCACAAAUUCAUUGACAAUUCAAUGGACAAAGCCAACUGAUAGAAGAGCCUCUGACUAUACCUACAAAAUUACAGUCACUAAUGUGAUGAAUAAUGACAAGUGGAUCAACAACACAAAAAAAGGCGAGACAAAUUUCACAGUGACAGACCUGCAUCCUGGAGACCAAUACAAACUAUCGGUGGAGUCAGUAACUCCAGAGGGCACACUGAGCUCUCCUGAGAAUGUGACAGACACCACAAAUCCAUCAUCAGUCACUGGACUGUCUGUGGUAAACAGGACCACAAAUUCAUUGACAAUUCAAUGGACAAAGCCAACUGAUAGAAGAGCCUCUGACUAUACCUACAAAAUUACAGUCACUAAUGUGAUGAAUAAUGACAAGUGGAUCAACAACACAAAAAAAGGCGAGACAAAUUUCACAGUGACAGACCUGCAUCCUGGAGACCAAUACAAACUAUCGGUGGAGUCAGUAACUCCAGAGGGCACACUGAGCUCUCCUGAGAAUGUGACAGACACCACAAAUCCAUCAUCAGUCACUGGACUGUCUGUGGUAAACAGGACCACAAAUUCAUUGACAAUUCAAUGGACAAAGCCAACUGAUAGAAGAGCCUCUGACUAUACCUACAAAAUUACAGUCACUAAUGUGAUGAAUAAUGACAAGUGGAUCAACAACACAAAAAAAGGCGAGACAAAUUUCACAGUGACAGACCUGCAUCCUGGAGACCAAUACAAACUAUCGGUGGAGUCAGUAACUCCAGAGGACACACUGAGCUCUCCUGAGAAUGUGACAGACACCACAAAUCCAUCACCAGUCACUGGACUUGAUGCAGUAGACAGGACAACAAAUUCGUUAACAAUUAAUUGGACAGAGCCAAAUGAUACAAGAGCUGUUAACUAUACCUACAAGAUUACAGUCAGAAAUGUGAUGCAUAAUGUCAGUUCGAUCAACUACACAAAAAAAGGCCAGACAGCUUUCACAGUGACAGACCUGCAUCCUGGAGACCAAUACAAACUAUCGGUGGAGUCAGUAACUCCAGAGGACACACUGAGCUCUCCUGAGAAUGUGACAAACACCACAAAUCCAUCAUCAGUCACUGGACUGUCUGUGGUAAACAGGACCACAAAUUCAUUGACAAUUCAAUGGACAAAGCCAACUGAUAGAAGAGCCUCUGACUAUACCUACAAAAUUACAGUCACUAAUGUGAUGAAUAAUGACAAGUGGAUCAACAACACAAAAAAAGGCGAGACAAAUUUCACAGUGACAGACCUGCAUCCUGGAGACCAAUACAAACUAUCGGUGGAGUCAGUAACUCCAGAGGGCACACUGAGCUCUCCUGAGAAUGUGACAGACACCACAAAUCCAUCAUCAGUCACUGGACUGUCUGUGGUAAACAGGACCACAAAUUCAUUGACAAUUCAAUGGACAAAGCCAACUGAUAGAAGAGCCUCUGACUAUACCUACAAAAUUACAGUCACUAAUGUGAUGAAUAAUGACAAGUGGAUCAACAACACAAAAAAAGGCGAGACAAAUUUCACAGUGACAGACCUGCAUCCUGGAGACCAAUACAAACUAUCGGUGGAGUCAGUAACUCCAGAGGGCACACUGAGCUCUCCUGAGAAUGUGACAGACACCACAAAUCCAUCAUCAGUCACUAAUCUCUCUGUGGUCAACAGUACAACGGUCUCAUUUGAAUUAAAAUGGACAGCACCAAAUGACUCAAGAGCCUCUGACUAUACCUACAAUAUCACUGCUACCAGAGUUGCUAGCAGAUCUAGCUACAGAGAUCUAAAUACUGGUGUUAGCACAUCUUCAGUCACAGAUCCAGGCAGUACAGAGUUCAACGUGACGGGACUGGUUCCAGGGGAACAAUACGAGCUAACCGUGAAGUCAGUCACUCCCGAGAACACCCUGAGCGCCCCUGUGAUGGUGACAAACACCACAAAUCCAUCAUCAGUCACUGGACUGUCUGUGGUAAACAGGACCACAAAUUCAUUGACAAUUCAAUGGACAAAGCCAACUGAUAGAAGAGCCUCUGACUAUACCUACAAAGUUACAGUCACUAAUGUGAUGAAUAAUGACAAGUGGAUCAACAACACAAAAAAAGGCGAGACAAAUUUCACAGUGACAGACCUGCAUCCUGGAGACCAAUACAAACUAUCGGUGGAGUCAGUAACUCCAGAGGGCACACUGAGCUCUCCUAAGAAUGUGAAAAACACCACAAAUGCAUCAUCAGUCACUGAACUUAAUGCAGUAGAGAGGACAACAAUUUCAUUAAAAAUUGAAUGGAUAGAGCCAUCUGAUAGAAGAGCCUCUGACUAUACCUACAGAAUUACAGUCACUAAUGUGAUGGAUAAUCACAGUUGGAUCAACAACACAAAAAAAGGCGAGACAAAUUUCACAGUGACAGACCUGCAUCCUGGAGACCAAUACAAACUAUCGGUGGAGUCAGUAACUCCAGAGGACACACUGAGCUCUCCUGAGAAUGUGACAGACACCACAAAUCCAUCAUCAGUCACUGAUCUCUCUGUGGUCAACAGGACAGCGGUCUCAUUUGAAUUAAAAUGGACAGCACCAAAUGACUCAAGAGCCUCUGACUAUACCUACAAUAUCACUGCUACCAGAGUUGCUAGCAGAUCUAGCUACAGAGAUCUAAAUACUGGUGUUAGCAGAUCUUCAGUCACAGAUCCAGGCAGUACAGAGUUCAACGUGACGGGACUGGUUCCAGGGGAACAAUACGAGCUAACCGUGGAGUCAGUCACUCCCGAGAACACCCAGAGCGCCCCUGUGAUGUUGACAAACACCACAAUUCCUGAUACUAUUUCCGACUUCCGCUGCGCUGGGAGGACAGGAUACACGAUCGGGGUGGAGUGGAACAAACCAAAGGGCAGGUUUAGCAACUUCACAGCUACUGCAUCUGACGGUGACCGACUAUUGAUUAAUCGUACCAUUGGGAAGGAGAAUGCGCUGAGCGUUGCUAAUCUUCAGCCUGGACGCAAGUACACCAUCAAAAUCACCACGGUGAGCGGGCAGACAUACAGCAAGCCUGAGGUCAAGGAAUGCUGGACCAACUCACAGCCCAUUAUCAUUGGAGCGAUCAUGGGCUCCCUGCUGGGCCUGAUCCUAAUUGGCGUAUUACUGUUCUUCAUCUUCUACAGAGCCAGGCGUCAGAGGAAGAAGCCUGAUCCAGGAUCUUCAUCAAUGGGCGUCCUUUUCCCAGAAUACAAGCCCAUUCCACUGAGUGACUACGAGAGGUACUUCCAGAAGAAGCAUGCGGACACAGAUAUUGGAUUUGCUGAGGAGUAUCAGAGUCUGGCAAACAUCGGCACAGAACAGUCAAAGGAAGCUUCCCAACUCCCAGAGAACAGAACAAAGAAUCGAUACACUAACAUUUUUCCUUACGAUGCCGCCAGGGUUAAACUUAGCCAGCAGCCCGAUAGCAGCUCUUCCAAUUACAUCAAUGCAAGUUACAUGCCUGGUUACAAUCUCGAAAAGGCCUUCAUCGCUGCCCAGGGACCCCUGCCUCAUACAGUGGCGGACUUCUGGCGAAUGAUUUGGGAGCAGAAGUCAAACGUCAUUGUGAUGCUGACCAACUGUAUUGAGCUAAAUCGGGUCAAAUGUGAACAGUAUUGGCCAAUGGACAACAGAACGUCUGUUUACGGGGAUAUUGCAGUGAAAAUCAUUUCAGAAGAGAUUUUGCCUGAAUGGACAAUCAGGAAUCUCCUCGUCGAGAAGGCCGGAUGCUCACAGCCCCGUACAGUCACCCAGAUGCAUUUCACCUCGUGGCCAGAUCACGGCGUUCCUAACACCACAGACAAACUGCUGCAGUUCCAAAAGUUUGUCCGUGAUCACAUGAUCAAGAAUCAGGGAGGACUUCCUGUUGUACAUUGUAGUGCAGGUGUCGGGCGGACUGGCACUUUCAUUGGCCUUGACUACCUAAUGCAACGUGUGGAGAAGGAGUCAUUGGUUGAUGUUUAUGGAAUUGUCCGUAAAAUGAGGAUGAAUCGGACGUGCAUGGUGCAGACCGAGUCUCAGUAUAUCUUCCUGCACCAGUGCAUUCUGGACUCAAUACAACAGAAAGACGUCAGUGAACCCAUCUAUGAGAAUCAAACAGACCUCAUCUACGAGAACGCCAGUGCCAUCAAAGCUGCGUAUAAUCACAACCAGUAGUCAGAGCUACAGCACUAUUGCCUGCAGUUUUGUUGCUGUAGAUACAGGGUGCACUCUGUCUGUGAUCAUGGCUGUGGCUGUGCCUUUUUCAAUAUUCUACCAUCCCUGAUCAUAUGAAGACUGGACUGAUGUCAGCAGAGUAUUGUCUCCUUUCCGACCUUUUAUAGUCACUGGUGCACUUUAACUGCACAGAGUCCAGCUCACCAUCUAUCUUUGGUCCGCUGUCUGCUCCAGUGCAUCCAUGUCCGUCGCAGUGUUUGCAUGUUUCCUUGCAUAUAUCAAACUGCCCCAUUCUCUCUACAUAUUACACUGUUUCUGUCUCUCUCACACUAUUUUCACCAACAUCUCUACAUUUGUCUUGCUUCCUCCAAACGUCACUCAAUAUUCACAUUGAUCCCUCGUCCGUCCUACUGGUAGUUUCCGCCCAUCUCUACCACCAUUUCUGUGUUCCUCUGGGUCCACAGGGAGAAAAAAAAACACAAGCCGGGGACUAAUCAGCCCUGGCUGGGUCGCCUGGGCGAGAGCGUCUGAUGUUGAAAGACCUGAUGACCCCAGGUUACAUCACUGAAGAUGUGUCCCAGCGUGUUCUGGGAUGUACAGUAUCUCAGUGUCAAACCAUUUACCUCCACCACCCCCCCCCCCACUGUCUCAGACUCUGUUUCAUGGUCUGCAACAUUGGCUGAGCAAUUGCCUGCAGCUCACCUCCAGUCCAUUGUCUCCAUUUCUGACCCGCUGUCUGUGACUCCAGCUCUGACCUACUUUCUGUCUGAGUCUUUGCUGCUGUCUCCAGGCACGCUUUUGAGAAGCACCUUGCUUCCCCCCCCCGCUAUCUGCUUGUCCUUAGAUCCUACAGACUCCAGGUUUGCGCAAAGUUUCUCCAGGAGUGGCCGAGAAUUAUUUCCCUCUGAGGAACAGACUCCUAAUUUCCAGGUGAGGGAAUGUCCAGAUAAUCUGCAGUUUACGACAGGGACAUCAGGCACACACUUGCCCACAGACUACUGGCCCCACCUUAAAUGAGGCUGGACACAGCAAGGCCACAGCUGGGCACUGUGGUUGGCCAGACAGAAGAGAGUGCAGCAGGACUAUUUAAUUGCCUGAUACUACAAUGCACUGAAGAAAGGCUGAUGGCGUUCUGAAGUCAAGUAAUGGGGGCUACGACACACAGAGGGAUCCUCCAAAAGGAAGCAAUACCCUUCAAAUCAAAACUGGAAUAAGUACUAUCACUAGAAUUUAGUGAUGGUGGGGAUGCUGUGCAUCAUGAGUUAUACACACAGCCCAUCAUGAAUGAGAAGAAGAGUGGCAGAUAAUUAAACAGCCUAGCAAUAAGACCAAAAGACCAUAAGAUAUAGGAGCAGAAUUCGGCCUUGUUGCCCAUUGACUUUCCUCUGCCAUUUCAUCAUGGCUGAUUCAUUUUCCCUCUCAGCCCCAAUCUCCUGCUUUCUCCCUGUUUCAAGAAUCUAUUAACCUCUUUAAUCUUUUAAAGACUUGGCCUCCACAGCUGCCUAUGCCAAAAAUUCCACAGAUUCACCACUCUCUGGCUAAAGAAAUUCCUCCUCAUCUCACUUCUAAAAGGACACCCUCUAUCCUGAGGCAGUGCCCCCUGGUCCUAGACUCCUCCUCUCUACUCCCACUCUGUCAAUACGAUAUGUGUGUUCGCAAUAACUGGUCUAAAAUACCCUAGCCCCUCGUUGCCCUGGAUUCUAAAUCCAUGCCCAGGGUUCUGCUAUUUAUCAGCACACGAGGUCGCAUAUUUCUGGUGUGGCAAGUGGGAAAGUCACACACAGGAGAGUGUGUGAGUAUGCACACGUGUAACGCAGUAAUAUUGUUCACACUGCAGUCAACUGUGGGGCUUUGUGGGGCUUAAUACUAUGACUUCUUUUGAGACCAUUUCCAAUAAGAAUGUAACAGGAGCAAGAAAAGGCUUGCGCCGUCAUUCAAUACCAUUAGAACCAAUCUGACCUUGGUCUCACUCUACUUUCUUACCUGCUCUCUGUUACCUUUGACCCUCCAAGUCCGUCCCAACCUUGAAUAUACACUUAGCCUCCAAAACUCUCGACAGUACAGAAUUUCACGAUGCACAACUCGCUGAGAGAAGAAUUCCUUUCCUUCCUCAUCCCUAUCUCCAAUAAUCAGCCCCAUAUUCUGAAAAACUGCACCGGUUCUAAACUGCCCCAUCCCAUGAAGACAGAAUAUCUCAGCGCGUACCCUGUCAACCUCUUCCGAAUAUUAUAUACCUCAGGGGUCACCUCUUAUUUGAAUAACCUUUAAUACUCCAUUCAAUAAUUGUACAUAAAACAAUUCCUUUUCCAUGGAAUACAUUGUCCUAUCGAAAGUUCUUGGUCACAUCUAUACUGACCAUUCUCACUCAAACCAACAAGUGCCAAUAAUCAAUUAGCAUUUAAAUGUAGUGGUUAUAUAAUUUUUGUAUGAUACCGAUUAAAGCACUGUUUCUAAUUUACUAAGGGAGUCUGCAUUUAGGACUAAGAUCUGUGGUUUCACACUGCUGUGGCCACUGACUCGAUGCGUGUGGCCCAGACACGCACUCCAUCUUGUUCUGUCUCGGAUCACCUCUUGUACAAGAGCCACUUCUUGCAAAGGCUGGAGGUCACAGAAAACGCUGGAACUGGGAGAGAAACAGGGAUUAACUUUCAGGUUGAUGGACCUUGAUCCGAAUUCUAUUCAGAUUUAUAAUUAUUCAAAGCA